CUCUUUUUGUCCAUCUUGCUUGCCGUAGACCGCUCGGCGCGACUGGCUGAAAAGUCUGAUUUGAAAUGCUACAAAACGGGCUGUAAAUAAAUAGAAAAGUGACAAUUGAGACAUUUGCAGAGAACGCAGUGUAAGCGUGAGGGACGAAGAAGAUGUGUUCGCUAACUUUAUUCCCGCCUCCGCUGCCCGAUGGCCAGACAACUCUCUGCGAGUCCAACAACGAGCUUCUGUCCGGGAACAACACACAGAAUGCUAGUCCCAUGAGUCUGCAUUUUCCAAGGGAGUCUCUGAAGCUUCACAGUCGAACAGAAAGUAGCAGCAAAGCAGCUUUUCUGGACCAUUCUGAAACCCUGUGGAUGAGGAGUGCUGCAGCAUGGCGUGACGGUGGGCUCACAGGGCUGCUCAAUGAAAUUACUGACUCAAAUUCGGAGGUGCCUAAAUGGCUCUCAGUUGGUUCUGGUUGCAUCCUGGCGCUGCUGAGAUGGAUGUCCUCCUUCCACGGCUCUCUGUUUCCACACCUCACUCUGAGCAGUGAGGAUAUGAUUGCUGAGUUUUCACAAGUGCUGAACUGGUCUGACUGCGUGGUGCGAGCAUUUGCCUGGCACCCUCACACUGACAAAUUUGCUGUAGCUCUGCUCGACGAAUCCAUCAAGAUCUACAACCCCAAGAGCACCACAACUCCCACACUAAAACACCGUCUGCAGAGGAACGUGGCAGCUAUGCAGUGGAAGCCGUUAUGCGCCUCUGCCCUGGCGGUCGCAUGUCAGAACUGUGUACUGGUGUGGCACGUGGACCCCUGCUCCCUGUCAGCCAGGCCUUCAUCCAGUUGUGCCCAAGUGUUGUCUCAUCCUGGCCACGCCCCGGUCACAUCCAUUGCCUGGUCCCCGAGCGGCGCUCUCCUCUUGUCGGCCUCACCGAUGGACACAUCCAUGAUGGUUUGGGAUGUUGCAGCAGAGUCUUGCGUACCACUUCAGAGGGUUGGUGGGGGUGGUGUCACCUUCCUCUCCUGGUCUCCAGAUGGCAGCCAUGUGUUGGCUUCCACACCGUCCGCCUUGUUCAGGGUUUGGGAGACCAGGAUGUGGACCUGUGAGCGAUGGCCGUGUCUGAAAGGGCGCUGCCAGUCUGGGUGUUGGAGCCCUGACGGGAGUCGACUUCUGUUUGCUGUUGAGGGGGAGACAGUCAUCUAUGCUCUGACCUUCGCUGGAGCACCAGCAGAUAUUUCUACGAGCUCGCUGAAGGGACCUCAAGCAGCAGCCGUCGUGGCUGACCUUUCAGAAACAACAUUUCACACAGAAGAUGGAGAUCUCAUUGUUGGUGGAGAGAUUCAGUCUUUAGCCUGGGAUCCAAGAGGAGAGAGACUGGCUGUGCUGCUCAAAGGGGAUCCACAAGCGACAAACCGGCCUGCAAUCAUUGCAGUCUUCAAAACAAGAACAAGCCCCAUUUUUGAGCUUUUGCCUUGCGGUUUUGUCCAGGGAGAACCCGGCGUGGAGCCAAGAAUGAUGCAGUUUCACCCUAAUUUCCAGCACGGGGCGCUACUCACUGUGUGCUGGUCCAGUGGAAGAAUUACUCACGUUCCUUUCUACUUCCUGACUUCUGCUGUCCCCCUUGUUGGUCUCAGUGGGAGUCCAUCCCUGCUUCAUCCCCUAGAGAGGCCUGCUGACUUUGCCAGUCAGUCACUUUUUACAGAACUCUUAUCUUGACGGAACAAAAACUGGAAUUCCAAAUCCUGCCAACAUGUAUGGAUUGUUAAAAAGUUUCUGGAGAAAAAGGUUUUGUUUAAACAUUUGAACAUAAUAAACAUUUUUGAGUAAAAUGACAA